UCUCCUUCAUGGGAGAACACCACAAGCGUUCCUCAUCAGAUUUCCAAACCAUCAUUGGUGUCCCCAAAGGUUCUUGUUGCAUUAAAGAUGCCUGCAAGGCCUACAAAUCCAUGACGACAAGAUGGUAUCCUGAUAAGAAUUCUUCUUCCACCAAAGCUGAAGACGUAACCAAGUUAAAAACCCUUAAAGAAGCCUUUUUUGAGGACUCCAGAGACAAUGGAGGAGGGAAUCAUCCUUCAACUACCGAUCAUAUCUUCAAGCAGCAUCAGAGCGUCGACGAUCAGUUCUACAUGCCAUCAUUCCAUUCGAGGGACACAAGCCGGAGAUCUAAAACCCCAUCUCCAAUGUCUGGCUCGCUCUCAAGAGGCAUGAGUCGGAGGAGCACCAACUCCAGCAGCCUUAGUGAGCCACAGCCUCUCUCAAGAAGCAUAAGUCGAAUGAGCAACACAAGCACAAUACCCACUAGACAGGGUGAACCGUCGCCGCUCUCAAGAAGCAUAAGCCGAAUGAGCAACAGUAGCACAAGCCCAGGCAGCGAACCACCACUAUCGAGAUGCAUUAGCCGACGGAGUAGCACCACCCCUAUCAUGUUCUCCUACUCGACCGCAAGAACUAAGCCCCCACCGGUGGAGAAGCAGCUAGAGUGCACCCUAGAGGAGUUGUUGAAGGGAUGCACCAAAAAGAUCAAGAUAAAAAAAGAUGUCAUUACUAAUACCGGAUUGAUUGUUCAGGAAGUGGAGACACUGACAAUGAAGGUGAAACCUGGAUGGAAAAAAGGAACAAAGAUAACAUUUGAUGGAAUGGGUGAUGAGAGACCAGGAUUUCUACCAGCUGAUAUUAUCUUCUUAAUUGCUGAGAAACGCCAUUCCAUGUUCAGAAGAGAAGAAAAUGACUUGAUCUUAUCAGUACAGAUUCCCUUAAUAAAAGCACUCACAGGAUGCAUUCUCUCUAUUCCUCUCUUAGGAGGGGAGAAGAUGGUUUUGACACUAGAUGAGAUUGUGUACCCUGGUUACACAAAGAUAAUCUCAGGCCAAGGAAUGCCUAAUCCAAGAGAGCAUGGAAAAAGAGGAGAUCUACAAGUCAUAUUCCAGAUCAAUUUCCCAACGAAAUUGAGCGAUGAACAGCGCUUUGAUGUUGUUAAUCUUCUUCAAGGUUGCACUUGAAUUUGAAAUCCAACUUGUUUUUUUCUUUAUAUUUCUUUGAGAAUUUUCUCUUGGGAUUUCCAAUCUUAGAUCUUGUACUACAGUGUACCAUAUGAUAGAAAAAAAAAAGUUGGGUUUCCAUCGAUGAUGGAGAGACAUUUGGCUAAACUAGAACAAUAGUUUCCAUUUCCUAAGUUAUUCCAUGGCUCAUAAGACCAAGGCCAUCCUUUCCAGUAACUUGGCCAACACUGCCAGAGAAAUCUGGCACACACUUGAGUGACUCUACCACAACGAGUCUACAUCCUCUAUAGCGAGCGGUGAGGUGCGGUGAGCAUCAGACAGCUGAGAGCAUCUGGACAUGCACCCCAAGGGGCUCCCAGCCACCUGAUGCUCACUGCACCAGUACAACAGCUAUGGAUGAUUUUCAUGCUACUACAACCAAUCUAAGGCUCCAAUCAUGCUGCUUCGUUUACAACUGCAAAACACCAAGCGUGAUGCCUCGUUAAUUCAUUACUAUCUACUAAACAUUAAGGGCCCGUUUGAUAACGUUUCAAGAAAUGCGUUUCUGCCGUUUCUGUUUCCAGAAACAGCAGAAACGGAGUAAAAAGC